AUGGAGCAAGCUGCUCCGAAAGAUUGGGAAGUAUUUGGUUACAAGAGCUGCUGCUGCCGCAAAGCUCUGUGUAUACUGGGAAGUAUCUUGUCCUGUGGGUUUCUGCUCCUUCUGUUUUACUGGAGACCUGAGUGGAACGUCUGGGCCAAAUAUGUUCCGUGCCCUCUGCAAGAAGCUGAUGUUGUCCUCCUGAGAACUACUGAUGAAUAUAAAACCUGGACCAAGAAAAAAGUACAGCAGAUAGACUUGUCCUCACAUGGUAAAACAUGUGGUAUACAACAUCCAGUCUUUUCUGGCGAGAGAUCAUUGCUGCAUAGAAUUAUCAUGAAACCGGAAUUAAAAGUACGGUAUUUGGAAAUUCAGAAGAUAAGGUACAUCUGGGAUUUUAAGGAAAAGCAAUUUGUUAGACCUGACGAUCUGGAAGAGAGUUAUUCUUGUGCUGAUAUUCAUCAUAAAUUUGGCUCUGGAUUAAGUAUCACAGAAGUAAUUACCAGGAGAUUAAUAUUUGGACCUAAUGCAAUUGAAAUACAGAUUUCUCCAAUCUGGAAACUGCUUUGUAAAGAGGUCUUAAAUCCAUUUUAUACUUUUCAGUUAUUUAGUGUGUGUCUGUGGCUUUCUGAGGACUACACAGAAUAUUCAAUUGCGGUCUUAAUUAUGUCUUUCAUCUCUCUUGCUUUGUCGGUGCAUAAUGUGCAACAGCAGUCAAUAAAAUUGUACAGACUUGUGGAAUCUCACAAUAACAUGAUGGUCACUGUCUGCAGAAAAAAUGAAGGAUAUAAGGAAGUGUCUUCCAGUGAGCUGGUACCAGGUGAUGUUUUUAUAGUGACGGGCAAUAAGCAAAUAUUAUCCUGCGAUUCCAUACUGAUCCAGGGGGGUUGCAUUGUGAAUGAGAGCAUGCUUACAGGUGAAAGUAUUCCUGUUACAAAGACACCAUUAUCAAAUGUAACUGCUGCUGGUUGUUGGAAUAGUUCCAGUGAAGAUCACAAGCGCCACAUGCUUUUCUGUGGGACCCAAGUUAUACAGUCCAAGCCAGUAGGACAAAGUGACGUAAAAGCUGUUGUCUUUCGAACAGGUUUUACUACUAUCAAGGGAGAGUUAGUUCGGUCUAUUUUGUACCCGAAACCAAUAGACUUCAAGUUGUACCAAGAUGCCUUUCGAUUUUUGAUGUGCCUCACAGUUAUUGCAACAAUUGGGAUGAUCUACUCGGUCUGUAUUCUUCAGUUCAAUGGGGUAACAACUGGGAAACUGGUGAUCAAGGCGCUGGAUGUAAUAACUAUUGCUGUACCACCUGCUCUACCUGCAACUGUGACUAUUGGCAUAAUAUAUUCCCAGGAAAGACUGAAAAAGAAGGGAAUCCUCAGUAUUAGUCCACAGAGGAUUAACAUCUGUGGGCAAUUGGAUCUCAUCUGCUUUGACAAGACUGGAACUCUGACUGAAGACGGACUGGAUUUGUGGGGCUUAGCUUCAACUAAAGGAAAAGGUUUACAGAACAUAUUCAAGUUUUGCAGUGGAGUGCAGUUACCAUGGGGGCCCUUCUUUGGCGCCAUGGCCAGUUGCCACUCGCUGAUCCUUUUAGAUAGCACCCUCCAAGGAGACCCAUUGGACUUGAAAAUGUUUGAAACCACUGGCUGGGAAAUACAGGAAAAUUCAGCUUUAAAACAGCAAACUGAGAACGCUCAUUCAUUUAUUGUUAAGCCUGGACCUACAGCUAGUGAGGUGUCAAAGGCAGGAAUUAUAGUCUUGAAGCAAUAUCCAUUCUCAUCCGCACUGCAAAGAAUGUCAGUUGUAACCCAAGUGAUUGGUAAAGAAAAGCUAACAGUCUACCUUAAGGGAGCCCCAGAGAUGGUUGUUCGUCUUUGCAAACCCCAGACAGUUCCAAGAAGUUUCUCAAGGGAAUUGCAGCGCUAUACAGAGCAGGGUUUUCGAGUUAUCGGGUUUGCUUUUAAAUCUAUUUGGAACAGCAGAAACAUCAGAGUAGCCAAUUUAAAGAGGGAAGAUGUAGAAUCUGACUUGGUAUUCCUUGGACUGCUGAUAUUAGAAAACAAACUGAAGCCACAGACAGCUCCUGUACUAUCUGAAUUAUCCAAAGCCAGGAUACGAACAGUUAUGAUCACAGGUGACAACCUGCAGACAGCUGUCACAGUGGCCAAAAAUUCUGGGAUGAUCCCAUUAACUCACAAAAUUAUUUUAGUUGAAGCCUCAAAGGUGAAGAUAUCUGGAGCAGCAGUCAUCACCUGGAAAAUAAUGGAAAAUGGCAGGAAUAAUAUUCAGAUUUAUACUGGAGAAAGUAAAAUUCUUAUGGAUGACUGUGAUAAGAAUAAAGACUUUCACUUUGCUAUGACUGGAAAAUCAUUUGACAUUCUAAUUCAACACUUCUAUCAUUUACUACCAAAGUUGCUUAUAAACUCUACAGUUUUUGCCAGAAUGUCUCCCAACCAGAAAGCAAUUUUAAUAGAUGAGCUUCAAAAACUGGAUUAUUAUGUAGGAAUGUGUGGAGAUGGUGCAAAUGACUGUGGGGCUUUAAAGACAGCUCAUGCAGGAAUCUCGCUAUCAAAGCAUGAAGCCUCUGUAGCUUCACCAUUCACUUCAAAAAUAACCAACAUCGAGUGUGUUCCACACCUUAUCAAGGAGGGAAGAUCUGCAUUAGUCACCUCAUUUUGCAUAUUUAAGUAUAUGGCUGUCUACAGCAUGAUCCAGUACCUUGGGGUUUUGUGUCUGUACUGGGAAGCAAAUACCUUUGGGAACUAUCAGUUUUUGUUUGAAGAUUUGGGGAUUACGACAAUAAUUGGUGUCACAAUGAGCCUUAAUCAUGUAUAUCCAAAGCUGGACCCACAUCAGCCACCCAGUCAGCUUAUUUCACCACCUUUGCUGCUGUCUGUUAUUCUGAAUGUCAUUUUCAGCCUUGCUGUACAUGUGUUUGGAUUCAUGAUGGUUCAACAACAGUCUUGGUACUCACCCACAGAUAUUUACAGAGCUUGUAAUCCAAAAAACCUAACUAGCAGUGAUGUAUCUGCAAAUAAUAACACCAUGGGCACUGCUUCCAUCUCCCAGGAAUCAAAUGAAGAUGACUACAAGAGUUAUGAGAAUACAACUGUGUACCUUCUAUCUAUUUUCAGCUGUAUAUCAACUGCAAUUGUAUACUGCAAAGGAAAGCCUUACCGAAAACCAAUCUACACCAACUUGUCCUCCAACACGGACCAGCCGUCCCCGCCUGGGUGGACAACAACAGCAGUCCAGCUGGCUAUGGUCACCAGUGACUGUGCGGUGAUGAGAGGGAAGAGGAGGUUGUGCAUCGCAGUGGGGAGAAACACAGUGGAGCACGAGGUGUGGCUAGCUGACCAUCUGGGUCUCCUGCCUCACUGGCCUGGAUCUGCUGUCCCUCAAGGGGGGGGCGAGGGGCCUGUGUGGAUGCGUCGGGGGCAAAGCUGUAUCUCGGUAGCCAUGGCUCUCCGGCAGAGCAGCUCCAGGAAGUGGAGCAGGCGGGUGCGGCAACAACCACCCCCUGUCUCACAGCGGCCUGCCACAGGGCAGCACACCCCACAACGGCCCAACACAGCACAGCGGAACCAGGGGCAAGCGGCAGCGCUUCAGGUGGCGAGGUAG